ACAGAGUGGACAAAAGGGGACGGGUUCGCGGUUUUGCGAAACCAAACCUGUGGCCGCAGGUUUGUUAGGUUUGGGGGGCAAGGCAAAGUGAAGCCCCGGGACAAUACAAAACCAUCAACCCAGGACCUCUGAUCUGCAAAUUCUUCGAAAGUUUUCUGGGUCUCGAAGCAAUUCCAGGAAAAAGCUCUUACCUGGUGGGAUUUUUACUACGAUGGGAACAGAAAUGUUAGGACUUGAAAUGCAAUCACAACACCAACCACCUGCACAAAACCCUCCCCAUGUGAACCAACCCCAAAUGGUGGCUUUUGCCCAACAAUCUGUAGAACAAGGCUACCCAUAUGCCGCCGCCGCCUCCACCACUGUUGCCUCAGAACUCAAACAACCAUCCCCUCUCAGUGAUGAUGAUGACCAUGGUUUCAUUGCUGAUGAUGCCACUGGGGAUGGUAAGAGAAAAACCUCUCUAUGGCAAAGAAUGAAGUGGACUGAUAAUAUCGUUAGGAUCCUUUUACUGGCGGUCUAUUCCAUUGUUGAUGAAGUUGGAUCCGAAGGGAAUGAUCCCACAAGCAAGAAGAAGGCGGGGGCAUUGUUGCAGAAGAGGGGGAAAUGGAAAUCAGUGUCAAGGGCAAUGAUGGAGAAGGGGUUUUAUGUGUCUCCACAACAAUGCGAGGACAAAUUCAAUGACUUGAAUAAGAGGUAUAAGAGGAUUAAUGAUAUACUUGGUAAGGAAGCUGCUUGCGGGGUUGUUGAGAAUCAAAGCUUGCUUGAUUCAAUGGAUUUGUCCCCAAAAAUGAAGAAAGAAGUUCGAAAAUUGCUGAAUUCUAAGCACUUGUUCUUUAAAGAAAUGUGUGCUUAUCAUGAUAGUUGUGGGCAUAACUCAACUGCUGCUGCUGCUGCUGCUGCUUCUGGUACUAAUCAUUCACCAGAGGGGGCUGUGGAGAAAUCUCAUACUCAACAUCAGCAGCAUUCUCUGCAUUCAACUGAUGAUUCCCAAAUUAUGGCCAAUUCGGGCGGAGCUGGAACAGAAAUAUCAACGAUGGGGGAAAGGGUGACGGGUGAAGAGGGAGAAGAGGAGGACGAAGAUGAGAGCGAUGAGGAUGAGGAUGAGGAUGAGGAUGAAGAUGGUGAUGAUGAUGAUGAUGAUGAAGAGGAGACAGAUGAAGGCAAUGCAAUAACCCAAAAUGGGCAUGGACAUGAAGAAGUUGAUGAGCAUGCGGUUAAAAGGCCAAGAAGGGAAGGGCACUCUGCUUCCAUUCAACAAUUGAAUGGUGAAAUUAUGAGUGUGAUGCAAGACAGAGGAAAGACACCAUGGGAGAAGGCACAAUGGCUCAAGUUGAGGCUUCUGCAGUUGGAGGAGAAGCAAAUGAACCAUCAAUUUCAAGCCUUUGAGAUUGAGAAGCAAAGACUGAAGUGGUUGGAGUUUAGCAGCAAGAAAGAGAGGGAAAUGGAGAGAGCGAAGCUGGAGAACGAAGGAAGGCGGCUUGAGAAUGAGAGACUGAUGCUUCUUGUGCGCGAGAAGGAGAUGGAGUUGCUCGAAGUUCUGCGUCACCAUCCACAGCAUCAUUCCGCCAACAAGAGAAAUGACCCAUCUUCAGUUAUGGAUAGACAGGGGAUUAAUAAUAUGACCAUGUUCAAUUCGGUCAUCCAUUUUUCAAACAUUUCAAAUUGAGUAUCGAAAUUUCAAAAUUAUUUCAGUUUGUUCAUGCAGAUGCAGCUUUCUGCCUUUUGGGUCAAUAAUCCUACAUUUCAAAAUAAAGUCAAAAUCAACUGAUUUAUUCAGAUGUAUCAGUGGCUUGACAAUUGUUGCUGUGGAUUUUCAUAAUAAAAUUAUUUUUGUGAGAAUAUACGAAGAUGAAAUCGUGACCUUAUA